GGGAUCAUUUCUAUAGUUCGUUACUAGAGAAGUUUCUCUGAACGUGUAGAGCACCCGAACCCACGAGGAAGAGACGGAGCGUUCUCUCCUGAGCGUGAAGUUGGCUUUUGGUGUUGUGUUUGCAGCUGUCUUUAGCCGUUGAUGAUCGUUCUUCUCUUCAUUUUGAAGAGCGUGUAUGUCGAUGCAGUUAACUCCCUGGGCCAGACAGCGCUUUUUAUUGCUGCAUUAUUAGGCCUUACAAAAUUAGUUGAUGUCCUGGUGGAUUAUGGAUCAGAUCCAAAUCACCGCUGCUUUGAUGGGAGCACUCCUAUCCAUGCAGCAGCGUUUUCAGGCAAUCAGUGGAUCCUCAGCAAACUGCUGGAUGCAGGGGGUGAUCUUCGACUCCAUGAUGAGAGGGGUCAGAGCCCGCAGACCUGGGCUCUGGCAGCAGGGAAGGAACGCGGCACCGCGAUGGUGGAGUUCAUGCAGCGCUGUGCCGCGCACAUGCAGGCCAUCAUCCAGGGCUUCUCCUAUGACCUCCUGAGGAUUGACUCCCCUCAGCGGCUCAUCUGUGGCCUGCCCCGGUUUGGGGGCCUCAUGCAGGGAAGCCCUAAUGGCUCUCCUAACCGACUGCCUAAAGCUGGAGUCAUUUCUGCCCAAAAUAUCUACAGCUUUGGCUUUGGAAAGUUUUAUCUCACAGGGGGCACGCAGCUGGCUUACCUAGGAUCUCUUCCAGUAAUUGGAGAAAAGGAAGUGAUUCAAGCUGACGAUGAGCCCGCCUUCUCUUUCUUCAGUGGCCCCUACAUGGUCAUGACCAACCUGCUGUGGAACGGGAGCAGGGUCACAGUGAAGGAGCUGCAUCUUCCCACCCACCCGCUCUGCCGCAGGCGGCGGCUGGCUGACUUGUUAAUUGCUGAGCUAGAGCACAGCAGCAAGUUGCGGCACCCUCACCUGCUACAGCUGAUGGCUGUGUGCCUGUUCCAGGGCCUGCAGAAGACCCGCCUCGUGUACGAGCGUGUCGCCGUCGGCACGCUGUUCUCUGUCCUCCAUGAACGGCGGGCCCAGUUCCCCAUACUGCACAUGGAGGUGAUCGUGCACCUGCUACUCCAGACCUCCGACGCCCUGAGAUACCUGCAUUCUCGGGGCUUUAUCCACCGUUCCCUCAGCUCCUACGCCAUCCACAUCGUCUCCACAGGGGAAGCGAGGCUGACCAACCUGGAGUACAUGAUGGAAAGCCGGGAUGGAGGUGUACACAAGGACCUGACUCGAGUAUCCCUCCCCACCCAGCUUUACAACUGGGCCGCCCCGGAGGUGAUCUUACAGAAGGCAGCCACAGUGAAGUCAGACGUCUACAGCUUUUCUGUGAUCAUACAGGAGAUUUUAACAGACAGCAUACCGUGGGAUGACUUAGAUGGCUCAGUUAUUAAAGAAACCAUAGUGUCGGGAAAUUAUUUAGAAGCUGAUGUCAGGCUUCCGAAACCUUACUAUGACAUUGUUAAGUCAGGCAUCCAGGUCAAGCAGAAAGACCGAACUAUGAACCUUCAAGAUAUCCAGUAUAUUCUGAAAAAUGACUUAAAGGAUUUUAUUGGAGCCCAGAGAACUCAGCCAACUGAGAGUCCCAGGGUGCAGAGAUAUGAACUCCAUCCUGAUGUCAAUGUCUGUUUAGGAGUGACUUCAGAACAUCCAUUGCAAAUAAAAGAGCUGAAGGAAGCAGCAGGUGGUCAGCUUCAUUCACCAAGGGGUCACUCCACUCUCACCAAGAAAGCAACACCAGAGCCUCUGGUCCCAGACCCAAGUCUGGAGGCCCAGGAGACACAGAACCAAGAGGCUGCUUCUUCUGCUUGCUCUGUGGGGGAAGAGGCCAGGAGCUCCAGCCCAGAUCAGGCGAGCCUCUGCAGCUUCGAAAUCAACGAAAUCUACUCAGGCUGCCUGGACAUGGGAGAUGACAAAGAAGAAGAGCCCCCAGGAACUGGUUCAUCUCUUGAGGGGGCCAGACAAAACCAGGUAGAUGAACUCAAGUCCAUGGAAGAAGAGUUGGAAAAGAUGGAGAGAGAGGCAUGCUGUUUUUCCCAUGAAGACAGCAGCUCUUCAGAAGCUGACACGGAGCUCUCCUUUGAGGACUGGGGCUGGCAGAGUGGUUCACUGAGUUCACCCAGCCUGCCUGAGCCAGCCAGAGGAGCCAAGGGCAACGUGAGCAACAGGUCCCUGACCGAGCAGUACAUCAGUAAGUGUGUGCUGAAUCUAAAGAUUUCACAGACCUUAAUGCACCAGAAUGCCAAUUUGCUGAGGAGUAUUCAACAGAAAAUAGAUAAGCUUGAGAUGACACAGAAGGAGCAGGAGGGCAGGUCUCUGUGGGCUUCCUCAAGAGAGUUUGCAAACGGCUAUGACUGGCCUUCAGCCCUGGGCCCCCAAGCUUCAAGCUAUAUUCCUCCUGCCAUGCAGCUGCCAGGGAACCUGCAGCCGGACACUGAGGGCAACUGCCCGACCCUAGCAAAGUCUCCAAGAACAAUGAGAGACUUUCAAGGAGGACAUUUUGGCAAAAGGUCCAAGAAAAGAAGCAGCUGUGGCUGGACACCUUUCACCCCUUUCCCCCAAGUCCCUGAAGAAAGCACUAGGGAUCAGCCGGAGAAGGGCCAACAGCUGCCAUCUCUUUGUGGUCCUGGAAAACAGAGCAGAGGUGAACAGUUUCAGCCCACUCAUGGAGCCAAGGACAGUUUGGAAAGAAACAGGAACCAAAAUACCAGCAGCCAGGGAAGGCCUAGAGAGUCCAGUGCCCAAACCAGAACGACACAGCUCAGUGGUGCACUCCUCACUGUGCCAGGCCACCCACAGGGACCACUCACGUCAUCCACCCCUGGCCGAGGCUCUUCCAGGAUCAGUAUGGAAUCUGUGUCUUCUAAAAUCUGUAACACAAAGUCAAGAAAUAAUGAAGAUGCUGGAGAGAUACACUUAAAAUGGAAAACGGAGGUGAAAGAAAUGGCAGAGAAAGCAGCUACUGGGCAGCUGGCAGUACCUCCUUGGCAUCCUCAGAGUAGUGUGACUUUAGAAAAUGAGGCUGAAAACAGGCCUGAUCCCCUGCUGCAGCCCCCCAUUAAGGUCCCUGAGCACGUGGAUUGGCAGCAAGCUGUAGAGCAUCCCAAGAAAAAUGAUGAGCCAGGAGGAAAUGGCAAGUGUGACAAAACAGACAGCAGUGACCGCAGCAGUGACCAGCAUGGCAGACAGCCAGGGCCUCGAAGUUUCAGCGGUACCAGGCACCUGCCCCCCAGAAAAAAUGAGCAGCCAGAGCAUGGGGAAGUCCUUCAAGAAAAUUCGGAUGCACCUGUGGUUGUUGAGCAGUCUUACAGCGAUCAGUCCGUGCAACCAACUUGUUCACCAGAGUCUUCUGAAGACAUAACAGAUGAAGUUUUAACUCCAGACCAUGAAUAUUUUUACUCCUCAACUGCUCAAGAAAACUUGGCUCUAGAGACCUCAAGUCCCAUUGAAGAAGACUUUGAAGGAAUACAGCAUGCUUGUGCCCGACCUCAAGCCUCUGGUGAAGAAAAGUUCCAAAUGAGAAAAAACCUUGGAAAGAAAGCUGAAAUUUUGACCAGGUCUCAAUUCCAACCUAUACAAAGUAUUGAAGACGAACAAGAGGAGACAUUAAAGGAGUCACCAAAGGAAAUGAAAGAGAAAGACAUAUCACUGACAGACAUUCAAGACCUGUCUAGUAUCUCCUAUGAACAAGGCAGUUCUUUUAAGGAAGUCUUAUGCAAAACACCCAAAAUAAACCACGCACCUACUAGUGUCAGCACUCCGCUCAGCCCAGGGUCAAUUUCUUCAGCUUCUAGUCAGUAUAAGGACUGUCUUGAAAGUAUCACGUUUCAGGUUAAAACAGGGUCUACCUCGUUCUGGAAGAGUCAAGAAUCUAUUCAAACUUUGUCUGAUAAAUUUACAACUGUCCGAGAGAAAGCAAAGAGCCUAGACUCCCUUCUUACUUCCUCUGAAACUCUUCCUUCAAGACUGACUAAUCUCAAAAGAUUGCCUGCAUUUACUGGGGCUGGUUCCUCCAGCGUUGCCAAGGCACCUGACACAUCAUCCCGUGCCACUCAGAGGAGGAGCCUGCCAAAAGAACUAGUAGAAGCCAUCUCGCAACAUCACAUUGAUGAGCUGCCACCACCACCUCAGGAGCUGCUUGACGAAAUCGAGCACCUGAAGCGGCAGCAGGCCUCAUCCACAGUGCGGGAUGAGAACACAGCAAGUCAUCUGGGCAUCGCUGCAAGUGAUCAAAGGCAUUUAGAAGAACAAGAAACUAACAGUAAUAAAGAAGACAGCAGUAUGCUUUGGACCAAAGAAACUCAGGAUCUAGAAGAGGAUACAGAGAGAGCUCACUCUACGCUUGAUGAGGACCUGGAAAGAUGGCUGCAGCCACCUGAGGACAGCACAGAGCUACAGGGUCUCCCCAAGUGCUCGGCAAGGGAGACAAAUACCAAAGAUCAAGAAGUUGGUGAAAAGAAGAGAAAAGGGGAAGAAAGCAUCACGCCAGAGAGAAGGAAAUCAGAAAGCUUUUUAGGGACUUCUGAAGAAGGAAGUAAUCAAGUUGUUUUUUCUUCCUCCUAUCAAGAGGAACUAAAACCCUGUUUUUGGAAGCGACUGGGUUGGUCCGAACCAUCCAGGAUAAUCGUGCUGGAUCAGAGUGACUUGCCAGACUGACCGGAAGUGGACCAUAGAUGGACUCCUGGCCUGCGUUUGAGUAUCCUGCUCAUGAGCUCCCUUCUUCCCUCGUCUGCUUCAGUCACCAUUAGGGCAGUGGUUCCAUUGCUCACACUUUGUUUAGCCGCCACAAUAGACAGAAUGACUUGUUUGUUUGCAGCACAUUUAACCAUUUGUUUUCAGUCAGAUUUCUGAAAAGUAAACGGUAGUUUUGAUUGUAAAGCUUUCUCGUUGUGUCCAGAAUGGUGUUUGGUUUUUUAAUAUAAAUUUUCAAACACUUCAACUCCUGUUAUAUAAUAAAAUGUUU